AUGGCGUCGGAACACACGAUCACUCAGGCGCUUUUAGAAUGGAUCAACAGCUUUUCUCUUGGUAAAACGUUGCGGGCUACAGAAGAAUUGAACGAUGGCACAAUACUCUGGGAGAUCCUGCAGGACAUCGACCCCCAGUACUUCCUCAACGAGCUUCCGGAACGGAAUCCUUCUGACCACUGGGUUGCGAAGCUGGCAAACCUGAAACAUAUUCACAAACACCUCACCGGAUACCUGCGCAUGCAAACUGGCAAAUUGCCUUCUGGAUUAGACCCAUCCCCGGAUCUCCAAGCCAUCGCGGAAAAGAACUCGGUGAAGGAUACCAACAAGCUCUUGAAACUUCUCCUGAUCGCCGCCAUCCGCUCGCCAAACCCAGAGAAGUUCGUCAGCGAAAUCCAGAACUUGAGUUUACUGGCACAGGAAGGUCUCAAGGUUGCCAUCGAGGAGUCCAAUGGUGAACUGGUUACAACCGAUGUCGAAGAUGAAAUCAGCGAAGAUGCCCCCAAACAGGACCUCCCGGUUGAUCUCGAGUUACAAUUCGAAGAACGAGUUGGAAAAGUGAUUGCGGAAAACGAUCGCCUGACACACGAAAAGAAGGAGCUGGAGAAAGCACUGGAGGAUUUACACAACCGCCUGGCCCGCCUGCAAGAGAACAAUGACACCCUGCAGACCCGUCUUGCUUCCACGGAGGAUCGCCUGGUCACACUGAAAUCCGGGAAAGGAGACAUUGUGGUCAGUGCGAAGGCUCUGGAAUCAAAGACGCGUCAGCAGGAGGACUUGAUUGCUUCUCAGGAGGAGCGAAUCGCCGCAGCGCAGGAUGAGAUCGACGGUCUGCGCAUGACUGUCGAAUCAUUACAUGUCAAAAACCAGAGGUUUCAGAAAUUGCAGGAUGACUAUGAUGAGCUCAAGACGGAGAGGGAUCAGCUUGCCCGCAAAGCUAAUGCGGCGGAGAAGUAUCGUCAGAAGCUGCAGGCGAGCCAGGACUUUGAGAAGGAGAACCAAACUCUGAAGAAUCAAAUCAAGGAUGUCCAGCAGCAACUGAAGGAUGCGGACUCGCAGCAACGCUGGUCGGCGGAGCGCGAAGUGGAACUUGAGGAAUACAGGAGAGUUCUUCCGCGCAUCGAGCAGGAAUGCAGCGAGAUCCAAAAUCUGAAGAAACAGCUUGAAUUCAACAACCACGCCCUUACGGAACGUCUCAGUAGUGCCGAAGAACAACGCGAGCGGGAUGAUGCAUUGAUCAGCGAAUUAAGAGAUCGAAUCCGUGAACUUGAAGGCUCGCCUGGAAGUCCAUCGCUCACUGCAGGAACCGAGACGCCCAAGCGAGGCACCUUGCACGAAGAUUUCGAGGGCAUCGGUAUUAGGUACAAGCCAAAGCCACUAAACAUUCUCCCCACCAUAGCUGAGGAGCCUGAGCUGACUGAGUCCAGCAAAUCCGAAAAUGACGAAUUGAGAAAGGAGGUUGAAUCAUUGAAGGAACAGCCAACCUCUGUAAGCCAGUCGCAGAAGGAUUCACAUGAACCCAUUGAGCCCAUCACUAACAAUACCUCCUCACCACAGAGUGGCUCCCAAUACGAGGGAUUUUCAGAAAACUUCUCGCAGGUCCACCGACUUGCUCAGGCCAAUUCGUCACAAUGUGACGAAUACUGGAAACUAUACGACCACUACACGCAAGCGCUGGGGAAACUCUCCGACGCUCAGGAUUCCCUCGACAUCACCAAGAGGGCACUGGCAGACGCAAUGGCGGAAGGUGAGUCGUUGAUCUACUCCAAGUACAAGGCCUUCGAAAAGUUUGCUCAUGGUUCCACAGUUGGACUUGUUAGCAAGGAGAAGGUGGACAUGAUCCACGCAGUCAAAGAGAGCAAUUCAGCCGAAGUCGCCAAAAUGCGGGCUGAGUGGGAUGAGCUCUCGCGCAAGAUCCACCUCCUCGAGGCUGAGCUUGAUGCCAGUCAGGAGUUGGUACGGGAGGUUUGUGCCGAACGAGAUGAGCUGCGGAGCCUCUUCGACAAAAAACAAGUUGAGAUUCAUGCAGAGGAUCAGGAAAUGUCCAAUGAAAUGAAGAGGCUGCUUGUCGAGCUUACAUCCCAGAGUGGUGAGUCGUCGGAUGCUUCUCAGAAAUCCGGCCCGGAGCUCGCCAAAGAGGUUGGCGAAUUGAUCGAGAAAUAUCUUGAAAAGCUGGCGAAGCGCGCAGAGUAUAUCCAUCAUCAAAACGAACAUAUCAAAUUCCUUCAAGAUCGUAUCACGCACUUUGAGGAAGAUGACACAAAUGAUGGUAUCAGCAAGGAACGCGAGCUCGAGCUCCAGAAGGUCAUCGACAAUCAGGCCCGCGAAUUGGCUCUUGUCAGCUCUGCCUGGUUCGAUACUCAGAGUCGCUUGCAGAACAACAAUGUUACGGUGUCGAGGUAUCGGCACGGUGCCAACAUGGCUGAGUUCCAGAAGGGCUGGCUAGGGCGUCAGAGAAGCAUGGUCGCUGGACGCUAG